AUGAGCGCCGCCGCCGUCGCCGAGCGCCGCCCAUCCGUCCUUCUCUCCGAGCCUGAACAAGCGCCAUCGCCACAAACCCAACCCGCACAGCCACCCCUCGUGAUCGUCGACCGCCUCGCCCUGACACACGCUCUCAAUAACCCGAACAUUCCCGCAUCCGAUAUAACGCCCGGCCACAUCCUCUCCUCGCCGUACCCAGCCCCCGUACAUACUCUCGACUUAGCCCGCGUGCCUGCCCCCUCCGCGCUCUUCGCGCAGGCGCUGCAGCAUCUCACACCGGUCAGCGAUGCGUACGCGACGCUGCCAUACGAAGAGGCGUUCGACUUCGACGCGCUGUUCGCGGAAUUGCGGCGGCUGGUAGGAGAAAAGGAAGGGUUCACGUGGCCGCGGACGAGCUUCUACGUCGUGGCGUUCCGGAGCGUGCUGAAAGACGGCAUCGACAGCGAGCGGCUGGGGUUGCUGGACCAAAAGAGCCACGAGGAGGCGGUGGCGAGUGGAGGGUUGCUGAAGUACUGGUUCGGGGUGCCGGAUGGGGAGAGGCGGAAUCUUGCGACGUGCUUUUGGCAUAGCAGGGAGGACGCGGCGGCUGGUGGGAAGGGACCGUGGCAUAAGAAGGCGAGGGGCGCGGCGAUAACGAUGUAUGAGAGCAUUCGGUUUGAGACGAGGCGGCUGACGGUUGAAGAGGGGGUGACGGGGUGGACUUGGGAGGAUUGGAAGGAUAACUGA